AUGGCUGGCAGCAGUCACCAGCAGUAUCCUUUCCUUUCUUCCUUGCUUGUGCGGAUAGCGCUCCUCCUCUCCUCCGGCAUUCUCGUCUUCGAUAUCUACUACAUGUUUGACAAAGUCGAAGUCGAAGGCAAUGGGUCAGGGCACCGGCUAUUCCCGAUGUUUGACAACAACUUCGCCGUCCGCGAAGUCGAUGCGCCUUGGUUCUGGCUGGCGCUUCACAUCGCGGGCCAUCUCUCCGUCGGUGUAGUUCUCAUACACAUCGUGCUUCAUUGGUUCCAAUGGCUGCAUCCGCUACUCGAUUUAAUUCUCCACUUGUUCAACCUCUGCCUCUGGAUCGCAGGCAUGAUCGGCAUAAGCUACGACACGAUUGAUAGAAAGCUCAUGAGUACUUGCGGAACUGUCGCGCUGUGUAAACUGCUCAUGACUAUCCUCGCCAUUAUCCUGGACCUUAUCGCUUGGCGGCGGGAGAGUCGCGGCUCAUACAGCAAGGUUCAGGUGUCCGCGAAAAAAACGGCCGACCCUGAGUCUACGCCUUUGACGGCCGAGUCCAUCGCCAUGUCAGACUUCUUUUCGCAUUCGCGGCCUGCGUCCGUAACGCCGAAAGCUUCGCGCACGGCAUCCCCGGACAGGGGGCUCCAACUGCCUGAUCAUGCAGCUUACCAUAGCGCAUCGAGUUCACACACGGCGUCUCCAGAGAGGGGACUCAAGCUUCCCGGUCCCGCGGCCUACCACAGCGCAUCGAGCUCGCGGACGGCUUCUCCGGAGAAGAGACUGGAGCCGCCUCGCCAAGCACACUAUCAGAACGAGGCGGAGUUCUCGAACGAGGCAGACGUGGCGGACGACGCGGAAUUAUUGGCUGAGAUGCAGCGUGAUGUGGAUGAAUAUAGCCCCUCUCAUCGCUCGCGCGAUAUGUUCUGA